AUGCCGCCGCCCCUGCCCGGCCCGCCCGUGCGGACCGAGACGUUCACCCCCUACGCCGAGAAGAAGGAGAACGAGUCAGCGGACAUGGAGCCCAAGUACAUAAGUACAGGCAACCGGCAGGAGCAGCCCCGGCGCCCGCCUCGGUCGAGGUCGGGGCAGCUGCCGCAGGAGGGCCCGCCGGUGCAGGAGCAGGAGAAUUUCGACAUGGGGAUGUACUCCGGCAUGCCCUUUCCCCCGCCAUACGGAGGCAUGGCCCCCGGCAUGCACGGCAUGCCGUGGGGUGGCGGCAUGGCCCCAGGCAUGCCCAUGCCCGGCAUGCCCGGCGGCAUGCCUUGGCCGUACCCACCCAUGGGGUACCCGCCGAUGCAGCCGGGCAUGUACGGCAUGAUGCCGCCGAUGGGCAUGAUGGGCGCGCCGCCGAUGGGCAUGGGCCCGCCGGGCCACGGCCACCAGGCCGACGCCCGGGCCCCCGCGGCGCAGGCGGGGAAGGCGAAGAAUCGCGAGCGGCGAAGGCGCGGCGCCAAGACCAAGAACAAGCAUGACGAAGACAGCGGCGGCAAUCAGCAGACGGCGGACAGGGACACGGACGAGGCCAAUGCGGCGCGGAGCGCCGAGCUGGUGGAGGUUCGCAAGGUGGGCGCCACGAAGUGCAAGCUCCCGCUGGCGAAGGUCCUGCCCUACAUCGAGGAGUUCGCCCAGGACCAGCACGGCAGCCGCUUCCUGCAGAUCAGGCUGGAGUCGACAGACACGACACAGGAGGAGAAGAACAUGGUCUUCGAUGCCAUAUUGCCUGAUGUCGGCAAGCUGGCCAGCGAUUCGUUCGCUCACUUUGUUGUUCAGAAGCUGUUCGAGGUUGGCACCACAGAGCAGAAAGAAGCGCUGGUUCUCAAGCUGAAGGACGACAUCCUGAGGCUCUGCAAGGAGAGCUGCGGCUGCCGCGUGGUGCAGAAGGCCAUCCACCACCUCCAGCGCGAGACGCAGUUGGUGAUCGCCAAGGAGCUGGAGAAGGAUGUCAUCGGUUGCAUCGAGAACCCGCACGGCAACCACGUGAUUCAGAAGUGCAUCGAGCAGAUGAAUCCUGAUUCGGUGCGCUUUAUCGUGGAGAAGGUCGAGAAAGAGACCGAGAAGAUGGCCAUGCACAUGUACGGUUGCCGCGUCAUCCAGCGUCUGCUCGAGCACUUCUCGGUCAACGACUUGAGCGUCAUGCUGGACCGGAUCUUGGAGAAGGUGCCAGAACUGGCCGCGGACAGCUACGGCAACUACGUGAUCCAGCAUAUGCUGGAUCACAGCAAGCUCGAGGACAAAAAGAAAAUUAUCAUGGAGGUGACGCAGGACGUGGUUAAGUUCUCCAAGCUGAAGCACGCCAGCAACGUGGUCGAGAAGUGCUUCGAGGUGGCCACGGCGGGCGGGAACGAAGACCUCGAGAAGGAGCGCACGGCGCUGUUCGAGAGCGUGCUGGGAAAGCCAGGUGGGGAGUGUCCGCUCUACCAGAUUAUGGACGACAAGUACGGCAACUACAUCGUGCAGCGCAUGAUCGAGUUCGGCGCGAGGAGCACCGAGAAGGGGGCUCUAAAGCAGUGCUUGUCGAAUCCCGAGGUGUUCAACCUUCUGUCGAACAGCACCCAGGGCCCCCACAAGCACGUGUACGAGGCUUACAAGAAGCACUUCGGCCCGGUGACGUCGGCGGAGUAG